UUCCCACCUGUGCCCUUAAAGCUUUCAGAGAGAGUGGAAGAAGAUGAGGAAGAAGAAAGUACCCUGAAUAAAUCACCUCAAUAUGACAAAUUAAUUACUCCAGAAUACAUCUUUUCUUUGGAAGCUUCCAAUGAGUUCCUGAAGAAUCGUGUUUUAAACCUGCCAGAGAGUCUUGUGGUUGGAACCCACUAUACACAAGACAAGUUCAUGCGUCACCUCGCCCUGUACAGGGAUCAAAAUACGGAAGAUGAGACACUCCUUAAUUACUUUGAUGAGAUUGAGAUUCAUCCUGUGCACAUUGAUGUUUCUCAAGAUAAUGAUGCUGAAAACACUCCAGUCAUUGAGGAGAUUAUUAAAAUUGUGGGAUCUGCUAAGAACUAUGGACCAACACAUGAGGAGCUGAAAGAACUGCAGCGCAGGCAGGCAGAUGAGCGCCUAGCCAGAGAGGCUGCUGAAGUUGCAGAGCGGGAACGCAGGGAAGCGGAUGAAGCUGCAAAGAAAAUGGCUCGCUGGGAGGAAUGGAACAAGCGCCUGGAGGAGGUAAAAAGACAAGAACAGGAAUUCCUUGAAGCUCAUUCAGUCCCAUUACGAAAUUAUUUAAUGCAGAAUGUCAUGCCAACACUGACCAAGGGACUGAUUGAGUGCUGCAAAAUAAGGCCCAAUGACCCAGUUGACUUCCUGGCUGAGUACCUGUUCAAGCAUAAUCCACAAAUUGAAUGAAGAGAAAGUGGAAGACUUUGAAUUGUUUCUACAGAUUAUAUAAAUGAGAAACCAGUUUUGAUACAAUACCUUGAUUAAAACUUUUUUUAAAAAUUGUAUGUUAGUAAAAUUUGUAGUGGAAAUGUAAUUUGUGCCAUUAAAAGAAAUCCUGCUUAUAUGAAUAAA